AAUGUAGGGAUAAAUGAAUGGGCCUUGAAUAUAACUGUAUUUGAACUGUAUUAUGAUUUAAGUACCACUCGGAAUACAACAUGCUAAAAUCAAUGGUUGCUGAAAACAAAGCAGGAACUCAAAUCUUGAUGGAGGGAGUAGCCGUACUUCUGUUUUGCUUUCUUUUUGUUCACAAAAGCUACUGUGCUGAACUCCGCACCAUUUCAGAUUCAAGUUUUCUGACAGAUGAAGACACUUUGGUCUCGGCUGGCGGAAUUUUUGAACUCGGAUUUUUUAAGCCAGGUAUCUCUGAGAACAGAUAUCUCGGUAUCUGGUAUAAGAAUAUCUCUGUUAGAACGGUGGUUUGGGUUGCAAACAGAGACCACCCGCUCCUUGGUGCAUCACCGCUUGUGUUAAAGAUUGCUGAUCAAGGAAUUCUCGGUCUCUUCAACAAUAAGAGUAUGGUUUGGUCAUCUAACAUAAUGACAUCAAGAAACACAACUGCAAAGCUUUGGGACAAUGGAAAUCUAGUUGUGAUUGACCAAGAGAGGAAGGUUAUCUGGCAGAGUUUUGAUUACCCAACCGAUACUCUUCUAGCUGGCAUGAAGAUAGGGAGAGAUUACUUGAGGAGCAAGGAAUGGCAACUAUCAUCAUGGAAGAGUAGUCAAGAUCCGGCUCCAGGUGAAUGGACAUGUGGCGCUGACACACACGGUUAUCCUGAAAGCAAACUAAAACAAGGGGCAUUGGUCAAAUUCCGGGGUACACCAUGGAUAAAUCAAUCAUUUGGUGGUUUUUAUGUAUUGGGCAAGUACAUGAAUGCACCCUUUACCUACGAUGUGAUUAUCAAUGACGAUGAGGUGUCUAUUGCUUAUAAUCUUGAACAAAGUUAUAAUUUACUGCCAAGGACCACGAUGAAUUCUUCUGGGCGUCUAGAAAAUUGGGUGUGGGUAGAAGACGGCAGAGGUUGGCAGACUGUCAUCGCAUACCCGAGAGGUGUCUGUGACACAUACAACAUUUGUAAUGCUUAUGGAACCUGCAACAUUAGUUUGAUCCAAAAACCUUGUACUUGCUUGGAUGAGAAAAGGUUUGUGCCCAAAAACCAAAAGGCCUGGGACACAGGUGACUGGUCAGGUGGUUGUAUUCGGCAAACACCAUUGGAAUGCAAAAAUGGAUUAGAAGGAUUUAUCAAGUAUUCUAAUGUAAAAUUGCCAGACACAGAAAAUACAUGGUUUAACAUGAGCAUGACUCUAGAAAAAUGUCACACAAAGUGCUUAGAGAAUUGUACUUGUAUGGCUUAUGCAAAUCCAGACAAUAGUCGAAGCAUCUGCUUGCUUUGGUUCAGUGACCUUCUAGACAUCCAAGUGUUACCCGAAGGCAGUGGCGGUCCUGAUAUUUUUGUGAGGAUGGCUUCAUCUGAAUUAGAUUCUCAAUCAAUUUCCAAAAAGAAGCAGGGAGGAGCAAACAUUAGAAUCAUCUUACUUGUAAUUAUUCCGGGUGUUCUUCUCAUAGGCUUGACUAGCGCUACAUGGUUGUGUUAUGCGCGAAGAAAAAGGAAUCAAGCCAAACCAACUGGUAAAGAGGAAAUCUUGAAUGCAUCUAAAAGUCAGGGAGAAAACAUGGAGCAAGCAUUAUUUAGCUUCUCUACCAUUGCUAAUGCCACUGCCAAUUUUUCACCUGAAAACAAAAUUGGAGAGGGUGGAUUUGGACCAGUUUAUAAGGGUAUGCUAGAAGAAGGACAAGAGAUCGCAGUCAAACGUCUCUCCAAAAAUUCAAGUCAAGGACUUGAUGAGUUCAAGAACGAAGUCGUCUUCAUUUCUAAACUUCAACACCGAAAUCUUGUGAAGCUUCUUGGCUGUUGCAUAGAGGGAGAUGAGAAGCUGUUGAUCUAUGAGUACAUGCCAAAUAAAAGCUUGGACUCAUUUAUUUUCGACAAAACUCAAAGUGUGCUUCUUGAUUGGACAAAGCGUUUCAACAUUAUCAAAGGAAUUGCUCGAGGACUUGUAUACCUGCAUCAAGAUUCUAGAUUAAGAAUCAUCCAUAGAGAUCUUAAAGCUAGCAACAUUUUACUAGAUCAGGAUAUGAACCCUAAGAUAUCAGACUUCGGCUUAGCUAGAUGUUUUGGCGGAAACGAGACCGAAGUCAACACAGAAAGAGUUGUUGGCACAUAUGGUUACAUGUCCCCGGAGUACGCUCUAGAUGGUCUUUUCUCAAUAAAGUCGGAUGUAUUUAGCUUUGGCGUCUUGCUUCUGGAGAUUGUGAGUGGCAAGAGAAAUAGAGGAUUUGUUCAAUCUGAAAAAGAGUCUAACUUUAUAGCACAUGUAUGGAGUCUCUAUAAUGAAGGCAGGUCAUUGGAUUUAGUUGAUACAAGUUGCACUGAAUCCUGUCAUCCUGAUGAAGUCAUAAGAUCAAUCAAGGUUGGGUUGUUAUGUGUUCAACACAAUGCUGGAGACAGGCCACACAUGUCUUCAGUAAUGAUGAUGCUCAGUGGUGAGGGGGAACCCCCACAACCUAAGCAGCCAUCAUUUUUUAUGGAAAGCCAGUUGCCUAGAGCAAAUUUCUCUUCAAGUACCAAUUACACAGGAGGUUCAAUAAACGAUUGUACUAUCACAGAGGUAUAUGCUCGAUAGAAAACUUUAUUUUCUAUGAGGUAUUAUUGGCAUCUGGUUUUAAAAUAAAGGGCGGUAAAUACUGUGUGUUGUUUUAAAAUGGUAAUACGAUCGUAGUAUAGUGUGGUUGUUUA